ACAGGAGGAAAUAAAUGAAGGGAUGUCUGUUUCAAUUAGGGUAACAUUUGGAUCAUUACAUAAUAAUCCAACCGUAAGCAUGCAAAACAUCCAAGCUAAUAUCCUGCCGGGUCAUCAAGACAGCCAGCUGCGCUGAAUCAGAUGUUGCUUAUGCUUACUAUUAUGAAAGAACUAUUACCACUUUAUUCUCAAAAAUAAAUCUGCUUAAUCGAUCACAGCCUCCGAGGAGGCAAAAAAAACCCAUCUAGCAUAGCAUACUAAAUUGUUUGUGAAAGAGCAUCGGUGAUCUCAAGAAACAACUAACAGGAGGAAAUUGCUUUUCGACAAAACAUGACUACCUACGGGGACUAAACUCGAUGUAGUCCUGUAAUGAAAGACUACUUACAUGCGUUAAAUCAAGACCGAGUUGUCGGCCAACGCUGUCAUUAGAGCCUCUAAUGAAGGACAUUAGUAACACGUGUGUAUGGGGCUCUGUCCAAAUGGAGGCGGUGUGUGUGCGUGUGUGUGGUGAGACUUGUGCAAUUGAUUCUCCUGAUUUAUUACCAGUGCACGCUAUUACCGCCAAAUCCCUCCACAUUCCCCCAUCGUCAAACCAAUUUAUCUUAUAAAGAUGUGAGUGACAGUUGCAGCAUUAUCCGUUAGCCUGAAACAUUAGCUUCCACUCGUUUUCUACUACACAUUCUUUUUGAUCGUCAGAGGUGGUGUGUUAUUUCUUAGUGUACAGUGACCCCCUGUAAAUUGCGGGUGAUUCCAAAACUAGAUAAUUAUCAAUUUGUUGUGAUAUGUAACCGGCGAUCAAACAUUUAUUUGAGUCCACAAUCAUAAAGGCCCAUAAAGCAAAUUUUUGUAAUAGUUGUACUAGGUUCAUCUUGUUUUUUUUCUUUUUCAAUUACUUCACUGGUUCUUCUAUAUCAAACAAUUUAUUUUAGGUGGUAAAUAAACCUAAAAUAAUUUUUUUGAUAUAGAAGAACCAGUGAAGUAAAUUUUUGUAAUGUAUUUUUUGGAAAGGGCGGUGAUUCUUUUUAUUCCAUUUGAAGUAUUUUUGUAUUUCAGAAGAUUUGAAUGCAAACCUUUCAUUGCAAAAACCAUAUUUGAAUAUACAAGAGAACCUCUCAUUGUAGACUGAAAUAUUAGCAGUCAUUAUGAUGCAGCGCUGUAUAUUGCAAUAUUGCACAAGCUGCACAACAUACCUCGUCGUGUAACACUGAAAAAAAAAAAUCUGUUGGCUUUACAUAAAAAGUGUGGACAUUGGUCUCACCACGCGUUAAAAUCCUGUUCAAACCGACAUGCCUGACUUUAUUUCAUGCAACAUUGGUGUCGGUAAAACACGAUCUGAAUGCGUAUCCAAGCAAUCUCCAUGCUUUAAAAUGUAAAUCCAACAUUUUUUUCCCCCCUGGGCGUAUUAAGAGAUGGCUGAUGGGUGCACGCGUCAUGUGCGAAUUGGAGAGGAGGGAGUGGGGGGGCUCUUGUCCAUCAUGAUUAUGUAAAUAAGGUGCAGGCAGGAGCUUGUGCAGGUUGAAACCGCAGUGAGACGAGCGUCGUGUGUGCGCGCGCGCGUGUGUGCGUGUUGCACGCGCGGACAUUUCGGGGCCGGGGCCCGUCGGUAGAUGGCGGUAACCCAAGCAAGCUGAUCCAGCGAGCAGGGGAGGGCUCUCGGCCACUCGGGCUCCGGUGUUUGCGGCAGGAGGAGCAGCAGCAGCGGCGCCGAAGCACUGUGAAGGACACCAGGAGAGCUGAGCGGCACCUCUCCGGCUCGAGCCCCCUUCCACCUCCCCGGCCCCCCUCCUUUAGCGCACGAAGCCAUGGAGGACAAAGCCAACUCGUUCUCCGGCGCCAAGGAGGAGAAGGCGGACGGGAAUAACGCCUUCCAGCGGCAGGACUCCAUCCAGAAGAACAACAGCGCGGGCGGCCAGAACACCAAGGAGCACGGCAACUCGGUGGGCUUUAAGGGGGAGCGCGACGAGGCCAUGGUGGGCUUCGACGACCUGGAAGCGGCGGCCAGGCAACACGGGUUCAUGCAGAGGCAAUUUGGGGCUAUGAUGCAGCCCGGAGUCAAUAAGUUCUCCCUGCGGAUGUUCGGCAGCCAGAAAGCGGUGGAGAAGGAGCAGGAGCGGGUGCAGACGGCCGGCUACUGGAUCAUUCACCCGUAUAGCGAUUUUAGGUUCUAUUGGGACUUGAUAAUGCUCAUCAUGAUGAUGGGGAAUCUAAUCAUCAUUCCUGUGGGAAUAACCUUCUUCUCAGAGCAGACCACCACCACCUGGCUGGUGUUCAACGUGGCCUCGGACACCAUCUUCUUGGUGGACCUGGUCAUGAACUUCAGGACGGGCAUCGUCAACGAGGAGAGCUCUGAGAUCAUCUUGGACCCUAAGGUCAUCAAGAUGAACUACUUGAAGAGCUGGUUCGUGGUGGACUUCCUGUCAUCCAUACCGGUGGAUUAUAUCUUUUUGAUCGUGGAGAAAGGCUUCGACUCAGAGGUGUACAAGACGGCGCGCGCUCUACGCAUCGUCCGCUUCACCAAGAUCCUCAGCUUGCUGCGCCUCUUGAGACUGUCUCGACUCAUCCGGUACAUUCAUCAGUGGGAAGAGAUCUUCCAUAUGACCUAUGACCUGGCAAGCGCUGUGGUACGAAUAUUUAACUUAAUAGGCAUGAUGUUGCUGCUAUGCCAUUGGGAUGGCUGCCUCCAGUACUUGGUGCCUCUGCUCCAAGACUUCCCGCCGGACUGCUGGGUGUCGCUAAACGGUAUGGUUAACGUGUCCUGGGGCAAGCAGUACUCGUACGCCCUUUUCAAAGCCAUGAGCCACAUGCUGUGCAUCGGCUACGGCGCCCGGGCACCGGUGAGCAUGUCGGACCUUUGGAUCACCAUGCUGAGCAUGAUCGUGGGCGCCACGUGCUACGCCAUGUUCGUGGGCCACGCCACCGCCCUCAUCCAGUCGCUGGACUCCUCGCGACGACAGUACCAAGAGAAGUACAAACAAGUGGAGCAAUACAUGUCCUUCCACAAGCUUCCAGCGGACAUGCGGCAAAAAAUACACGACUACUAUGAACAUCGCUACCAGGGCAAGAUCUUCGACGAGGACAACAUCCUUAGCGAACUCAAUGACCCGCUGAAAGAGGAAAUUGUCAACUUCAACUGCCGCAAGCUGGUGGCCACCAUGCCGCUGUUUGCAAACGCCGACCCCAAUUUUGUGACGGGGAUGCUAAGCAAGUUGAAGUUUGAAGUCUUCCAGCCCAAUGAUUACAUCAUUCGCGAGGGCACCGUCGGCAAGAAAAUGUACUUCAUCCAGCACGGCGUCGCCAGCGUCAUCACCAAGUUCAACAAGGAGAUGAAGCUGACUGACGGGUCCUACUUUGGAGAAAUCUGCCUUCUCACCAAAGGUAGACGGACAGCCAGCGUGCGGGCCGACACCUACUGCCGCCUCUUCUCGCUGUCUGUGGACCACUUUAAUGAGGUUUUGGAGGAGUACCCCAUGAUGCGGCGGGCCUUCGAAACGGUCGCCAUCGACCGCUUGGAUCGCAUCGGGAAGAAGAACUCAUUGCUGCUGCAGAAAUUCCAGAAGGACCUGAACGCCGGCGUUUUCAACACGCAGGAAAACGAAAUCUUGAAGCAGAUCAUUCGCCAGGACCGGGAGAUGGUGAUGAUGGUAGACCGCAAGCAGUCGCUCAGCGGGAUGAACUCGACACCGAUAUCCGGCAAUUCCAUUAUUAACUCACCAGCGCAGCCGCCCUUCUCCACCGCCUUCGGGAUGAGUCAGUUUCAGCAGUCGUCGGUACCAUUGACCUACAGUGCUUCAGCUAUCGCUAACGCUUCCGCCGCUCGCAUGCUGCCGGCCGCGGCCGCCGCGGCUCUCUACCCCGCUGCCAGCGUUUCCCACCUUGGUUCAUCCUCUGCCAACCCGCAGACGCCGCUCCAAGGGGCCAUCUUGUCGCCGUGCUCUUUCACGGCCGCCAUGUGUAGUCCACCGGUGCAGACGCCACUAGCUAGUCGUAGCUUCCAGUAUGGCUCUCCCACGGCGUCCCAGCUGUCGCUCAUCCAGCAGCCUGUCGGCCAGUCGUCCCUCGCCGGGCAGCAGCCGCAACUUAGCCAGCAGCCGCCCGUGUCGGGCUCAGGCGGUAGCGUGACGCAGCAGCAGUCGUCUCCGCAGCAGCAGGUCCCUUCGCCCCAGCGAGGGGACAUCCACAAGAGCACGCAGGCUCUGCAGUCGGGCAGUUUGAGUCGAGACGUGCGACACUUGUCAGCCUCGCAGCCGUCCCUUCCCCACGACGCGUCGCUCGGGCCUCGGGCUCAUCAGGCCUCACGCGAUUCGCUGGCCUCCAUCACGUCACCCGCAGCAACGGUGGCGCCGGCGGGCAUUCAAGGGUUGAGUCUUCAAAGCGGCAUCCGCACCACAGUUCCCCAGCGGGUCAAUUUGUUCCGGCAGAUGUCGUCAGGAGCCCUGCCACCUGUGCGCUCCACAUCGGCGGCGGCAGCAGCAGCGGCGGCGGCGGCGGCAGCGGCCUCGGCCUCGUCGUCAUCAGGCCAGCACAGGGAAUCCCCUGGCUCUCGGAGAGAUUCUGUCCUGAGCAGUACAGAGACUGAGCAAGACAAAAUGCGCUUUGCAUCUAAUUUAUGAUCUCAUUUAUCCUUUCUUUUUGAUUUUAUUUAUUUUUUUUAACCACGGAAGAGCUCCAAUCUACUUCAGCGUUUUCUCUUCUCAGAUAACCUCAUUGUAAUCGUGUACAUACAAAGCCCUUGUAUUAUAUUUUAGACACGUUGUCACCCUACUUAAGAAUGUAUAUUAUACAGAUAAUCUCUUUUUCUUUAAUGCCAUAUCUAUGAAAAUAUACACAUAUCUGGUAUAUGGCCUGUAUGUGUGUGUGCGUGUUUGUGUGUGUGUGUGUUUGUGUGAGUGCGUGUGUAUAAAUGGUACAAAUGGGAGCGUUGGGAGAAUGCGAGAGCAUGUGACUGUGUGCUGAAAUCCAAUUAUAAUAUAUUUCGCAAUGGCAAUUGAAAAAAGCUGUAGUAUAAAAAAAAAAACGAGUCUUCCUUUCUGAGAAAUAUAAUGAAUUAUAUACAGUGUAUGAAUUUUUUAUUUUUAAAUUUGAGGGUUUAUCUGUUUUUUUUUUUUUUUAAAUCUGGAAUGCAUUACAGAUUGUGACUUCCUUUUUCACCAACAAAGACAAGCAGCAAUUAGCACCACUGUGGAAUCAUACGUACAAAGUAAACUCUUGCAAAUCAUCUUUAAAAAAAAAAAAAAAGGAAAAAAUACAGAAGAACAAAUAGCACACGCUCACACGAAGGAAUUUUCUGGACUUUCAAAAAUCAACACCGUAUGGAUAGUGUUUGUAACCUCGACAGUGUUAAGGGAAUGAAUAACAGAAAAUGCUGCUUUAAGACGAGCGUGACAGAUGGACGGAAGGACGGAUGGGUGCGUUUGUUUUCUAUUCCUCAUUUGGGAUGGUUGAAAUGUGACCUAACGACGAAAGAGAAAAAAAAGAAAACUCUGUGUAUAUUUAUAAUAUUUAUAAACUAAAGAAUUAUCACCAUUAUGCAAUAGACUGUGACAUAAAGAUUACCUAUACGUGUGCUGUAAAUAAUUUUUGUAGAGCUAGUAUUUACAGAUACUGUGUGGUGCAUUCUCUCUAUCAUAAACAAAUGUCUUACUUCUGUCGGGGAACCUAGCUAACCCACCUGCAAGCAACAAAGCAGACAAACGAACCUUAAUGCAAAGAAAUGCACAGUGCUUAUAACACACACACACACAUAUAUAUAUAUUAUAUAGUGUCUGUGUGUGUGUAAUGAGUGAAAAACAAACAUACUGAACUGUAAAAAAAAAAAAAAGGACAUUGAACAGAACCAAGAGUCAUUGGUGCUACCUUCUCCCUUGGCCUGGGUUAUGUCAUCCAUUUUGCUAAAUUGAAUUUUGUUCUUAGUACAUUUAAAUUAAUGUUUUUGUAGUAUUUUAAGCUCCCAGUUAAUGUAUAUGAUAAAUACAGUACAUCUUGACCUUAAAUAUGAAACAAUUAAAAGGGAAACAAUAACUACAGUGUCAGUCAGUAGCCUCGAUGUUUUGUACGACAGGACUUGUGUAAACCAAGGAACCCCAUGUCGUAUUACUAGUCACAAUUGUCAGAGUCGUAGCUGUUACUUCAGAAACAACCAAGGCCGUAAAAACACAGAAUGAACUUGAGUCAAUGGAGCUAGCUUAAGGGUUUGGUUUAACAUUUGCUAACCCUCUGAACUGAUUCAGGAAACAGAACUUUACCAAAAAAAAAACGCUGCACAGUGCUUCUGUUUGCAUUAAGGUUCCCCGUCUCAUCCGAAUCCUUCCCCGAGAGCUCGGACACGCCGAACCCACCCAAAAACAGACACUGAAGCUUCCAAGCAGACCACGAUUCUUCCAGUUCACAUCAGAUCGGGACGACCGUCUUUCUUGCUUCCGAGAUAUGUUAUGACUUCCAGUGCAUUCCAUAAAUAGGUCGGUUAAGCGUGUCCGAGGCCUUCCGGGAAUGAACGUUUGGCUCCAAGUUUGUGUCGAUAGUGUACCGAUAUGAUCUCACCGCCGCUGUCAAUGAAAGCAUGCACGGUCACAACAACAAAAGACAAUGUUGACGUUAAAUGUUGUUGUUUGAUUCUGUUCAUUGUCCGUCCGUCUCGAUGUGGUCUGUGUGAGCAUCAACUUUUCACAUGGACAUUCUUACGUAUUUGUGCCUAAACAAUAGCCAUGUUCCGCCCUUCUUUGGUUCAUCCUGAUGUUCCUCUUUUACAUGUUGUGCGUCUGUGUUUUUAAUUCUUAUUCGUUUGUUUUUUGACAAGAAAGGAGUUUGCGACGACGGCCAAAUGUCUCAUGGCAACUUUUGUUGUUAUCUCUGUCACGUUCACGCUAUUAUCUGUAAAGUCGAUUUUUUUUUUUUUUUUUUUUGGGGUGGGGUGGUGCAAUCCUAACGCAGUAAUAUCACGGCGAGCACCUUUCUUACAUUUUCUUUUUUGUAGAUAGCCACUGAUUUUUGUGUAAGGAAACCGGCCAAAGCAAAAAAAAAAAAAGAAAAAAAAAGUCAUUGUUUUACAAAUUGCACUUUUUGAGUAGAAAGCUAAAUAUUUUUUGGGGUGGCAGAUUUCCAUCUUGGAGCACUUAAUCAUGAAUCUGCCAUAGUUGCAUUGGAAUGAGUGAUGACAUCGCAGGACUGUUGCUUUAUUCUUUUUUUUUGCCGUAUUUUUUUAUACUUGCCUUUGGAGGGGGAGUGCUUCCCAACUAUGUGCUUUUUUCUUUUUUUUUUUUUAC